ACUUUCAUUAUAUAUUUGUUACCAUUCAACUCAAAAUCAGAAUAAAGACAAGACGUUGAAAUUGUACAAUUUAUUUGGUGAAAAAAAUUAUUAACUUUUUUAAUAAUUACAAUUGAAGCCAAAUUCUGCGAAUAUCAAUUGAAAUAUUCGAGUAUUACUGCAUAAUGGAUGCUUUAGUAAAUCUCAUUAAACAAAAGAAGAUUCUUACUUUGGGAAAAUCUGCUCACCAAGUUAAGUGCUUUAUGUGUACCUCAAACAAUGCUAAUCCUGAUUCCGCUUCCAAAGGUGAGGGUAAAACACCUUCUAAACGUGUACUUGAAUUCCAGAAGAAGUUACGUGCUGAAAACCCAGAUGACGAAACUGAUCAAUUAUCGCUUCAAUCUUUUAUGGAGCAAGAUAUCAUCAAGCCGUGGCCAAAUAAUACUAAUCCACAUACCGGCGAAGUUGGCGGACCUUCUGGACCCGAACCUACACGUUAUGGUGACUGGGAACGUAAAGGUCGUGUAACCGAUUUCUAGUCAGAGCAUUUUUCGUAGUGGUUAUAGGUUUAUAGGACCUAACACGUUUAUGGAUAGGCGCUAAUUAAGAUAAUUUGUGAUUUCUCAAUAUUCUGUAUGUAAAUUGAUAGUUAAUGUUAUUUAAAUGAAAUAAACUCCAUCAGGCUUCUAAAAUUUAAAUAAA